AUGAGAGACUACAAGCUAGUCGUUCUGGGCGCUGGUGGUGUAGGAAAAUCAUGUUUAACAGUUCAGUUUGUUCAGGGAGUGUAUCUGGACACAUAUGAUCCCACAAUAGAGGAUUCGUAUCGCAAAUCGAUGGAGAUAGACAAGAAAGUGUUUGAUCUUGAGAUCCUAGACACAGCAGGCGUAGCACAGUUCACAGCGAUGCGAGAACUGUACAUCAAGUCCGGUCUUGGUUUUUUGCUAGUUUACUCAGUGACCGAUCGACAAUCACUAGAAGAACUAAUAGAACUGCGGGAACAAGUGCUGCGCAUAAAGGAUUCCAAUAAAGUGCCCAUGGUUCUGGUGGGCAACAAAGCAGACCUGGAGGGUGAGAGGGUCAUUUCGGUCGAGGAAGGUGUAGAAAUGAGCAGCAAAUGGGGGAGGGUGCCGUUCUACGAGACCAGCGCGCUCCUGAGAAGUAACGUUGACGAAGUGUUCGUGGAUGUGGUGAGACAGAUCAUACGCAAUGAGAUGGAGGUGCAGAACUCGGCCACCGGCACCGCAGGUCGUUUGUCGCGCCGCGAAACAGGUCUCACGUCUGCCCCCGGUUCCAAUAGCCCCCUUGGAUAUCAACAGGGCCACCAGACCCAGAUGACGAACGCUAACGUGGUUGACCGGUCCAAGGCAAGACCGCUUUCACAGGGGAAAACAAAGACAAAGUCGAAAAAAACCGAUUCCAAGCGCAAGAAAAAAAGACUUGUGUAA